CCAAGGACCGCAGAUCGAUAAUGGAUAGAUCGCUUUUGUUAGCUCGCUGUAAACCUUAUCAAGUAUUUUCAUAAAUGUUGUGUUUAUCAAAAAGAUAAAAUAUCCUGAAAUUUGAAUAUUCAGUUUACAAAUUAUAAAAAGUGCAAUCGUGUUCGAACUGAAAUGGAAUGGAUAGAUAAAAAGGAAAGCAUGUUAAGGAAGUAACAUCAGUUACGAACAUGAUUUAAUUGUAAUUUUAACAGUCUUAAGUCAUAAGUACGUUGGGUAUACUUGUAUCAGAGAAAAAGUUUUAUCGACUUUAAUUGUGUCAAUAGGUAAAAUUCAACGUAUUAAGUACGGGUUGAGACGUGCAAUACUUUCAACAGAAGGGAUAUACAGGUGGCGUCGGUGGUGCUAUAGGCUAGGAAUACCGACGGUGCCGACAUGGCGAGUAGCAGCCGGUCCCAGCUGUUUGCGGUAGGCAGCGGCGGUGGGGGAGAUGGCGGCGGUAUCGACACGAUGAGCAGCACAACCAGCCUCCCCGCAGACAUGAAGGAACUGGAGAACCAGGUCAAGUUUUGCCAGGAGCGGGCGACCGUCGUGGAGAAGAGUUACGGCAGCUUCUGCGACACCCUUGCCUCCAUCACACGAAAAAUUGCCCGCAUGAGAGACAAAGGAGACCUCUUGUCGAAGCAAGUGUUGGAGUUUGCAGAGAAGGAGAAGAUCAGCGUGUCCACAAGCAAGCACAUGAAGGACUUUGCCCGCAACCUAGCCACCAUACAAGACUACAGGGAAGCAGAGAUUCACAGACUUGAGAGCAAAGUAAUCAAGCCUCUGAGUUCAUAUGGCGGCAGGUGUAAAACCAUCAAGCAAGUGAUAAAACGAGAACAGGGUGCCAUAGCUCGAGAGGUAAAACAGCGUAAAAACUUGGACAAGGUGCGCUCAAAGAAGACAGGGGACAACCAUGCAAUUGUAUCCUUUCAUACUGUGUUAUUUUGGAAGUUAUCUGCUGAUGUGAUAAACCAAGUGUUUGAAUACUUGAAGGAUGUUUUUGCAGAGACAGAGCUGAUGAAGGCACAGACAGACGCUUCCAUUGGCAGUCAGGCCCUUGCCAAACAGAUGAGGGAGUUUGAGAAAGAAAAACUACAUGAUCUCAAGCAUGUCUUGGCAGACUUUGUGAGUGUGGAGAUGGUGUUUCACACCAAGGCCAUAGAAUACUACUCCCAGUGCUUCGACAGUCUUGCCAGCAUCGAUGAGGAGGACGAUCUGGAGGAGUUUUCCCGGAAGCUGAACCUGACGCAAGGUCACUCCUCAACAGUGGCCCUGCCGGAGGAUAUGCAGGUGCCUGAGGGAACCAUCGGGUCCAUGGGCUCCACGUUUCUCUCAACUACAGGCCUCCAAUCCUCUGAGUACACGUCCACAGGAGACUCGUACACAUACACAUACGGGGACUCAACAAUGUCCACCGGAGAAAAACGAGUACGCAUUCAAACUGUAGGUAAAUCAGCAAUGUAUCAAGGUGUUGAUGAUGACGACGACGAUGACGACGAUGAUGAUGAAGAUGAUGAUGAUGAGGAUGAUGAAAACUAAGCAAUUAUUUUGUAUAUUAUGAUAAUUUAUACUAUAAAUAAUUUUCUAGUAUCAGGAAUGUUGUCAGGAAUCAUGUUUAUUGAUCAAACAAAUACAUUUAAUAAAAGGUUUUGCUGUAUUAAAGAUGGCUGAGAUUGGAGUGUGAUCCUGGGAAUAUUUUAAUUGUAAUUCUUGUUUAUACAGACACAUGUAAGACGAGUGUUUUCAUUUCAUUGAAGUUUUUACAAAAAAAGUUACUGGUAAUAUUAAACUGUUUGGUGAUUUGGUUUUAAAAAAAAGUGAUUUUUUAAAAAGAGACAAAUUUGAGUUUUAUCUCAGUACUUUCAGUUUGCAAAUGAACUUAGCAUUUCAAGGUUUUGAAGCCUUGAAAAACCAUGGCAUUAACAGAAACGACCACCACUGUGAGAGACUGGCAUAUAGUUAAAAGUGGCGUUUAAGUCACUGCCAUGUUGUGGGCUGUCAACCAUAUUGGUUGCACAUCUAAUGUUCGGUGUAGUCCGGCAGUUCAAAUAAAGAAGUUCUGCACAUGAUACUUUUACACAUCCUUUACUUGCGGUCAUUUGAUGUUACCAAAACCGAAAUUGUUCAGAAGUCAAUCUUCCAUUUUGGGUGGAUCAACUUUGCCACUAUUUAAUGCUUCAAAACCUUGAAAUGCUACAUCCAUUUGCAAACAGUAUUAACACAAGUCCCAGCAGGCUAUCACAAAAAUAGACAAAUACAUGAGUUUUAUAGCCAUUAUGUUUGUGUGUAGUAAAUGUCUAGUCCGCCUCCUAGAUGCUCUAAUUUUAUUUAUUAUUGUUGCCAUGACAUCCAGUCAGGGGUUCUUUCAUUCUGCAGCCAUGGAAUAUUGUCUCCAGUUUAUUUAUUUACUGUUACAUUGUAUAUCUGUUGUUUUAAGAUAUCAAACAUUUGAUUGUCUGUGAUAUAUUCAUUGCUGUGGCAUUAGUAUUUUAAACCAUUGCUUUAUUGUAGUGUUAUAGUUGAUGAUGAAGCGAUUUUCGAGUACAAUCGAUAAAUCGUAGCUGACAAUGUAAUGUCGGCGACAAUCGAUAGUGGUUGUCGAAAAAAUCAAUGUCCCUAAUGUUACUUCCGGUAAUAACGUAUCUUUUUGUAAUGCGGUAACUUAAAUGUACUUGAUGCGGUGUGCAUCAUUUUGCAUCUGAUAAAUUUGGUUUGUUGUUAUAUUCCUUCGUGAAGUUAUUAAAGUCAUUACAAGUUCAUGGACAUUUAUUAACUGCUCCAAUAAGCAUGACUAUGGUAUCAUACUAACUGACUCCAGGUUGAAGCAUUUAAAUGAUCAUGAUGAUACUAUGUAUAAACAAUGUAUUCCCAAAUUAUAUUACAAACUUUGAUUAUGGUCCGAUAGUAAAUCAAAAUGCUUGGUUUGAUUAGAUUAGAUUAUUGAUAGCAAAUGGAGUCCGAUUUUCACACACUAGUUAUAGUUAUUAAUUAGCACAUAGAAGUCCUUUAAGCUUUUAUAAUAUCUCGAUUAAUAAACAACAACAUAUUUCUCAAUCUUCAGAAAUGUAAUUUUGUUCAUUAUUUUGCUAAACAUGAUUUGUUUUGUAGUCAUUAUGGUAUUAAGAUUUCACAGUCCUUGAAAUUCUUAAAUUUAACAGGAAGAGAAAGGAAUAAGAAAAGAUAAAACUUAAGUUUGAACUUGUUGGGUGUGGAGACAUGUCAUGAUUAAAGUUUCUAAUAAUUGAGUGUUGAAUUUUCUAAAACUCCAAUUCCCUUUGUUCUUUCCUUUAGGGUGUGUAUACAUUUUCUUGUUUUGUAAUGCAAAAAUUUAGAGAAAUUUUUAUUUGAUUAUGGAUAAAAUCAUGUUAAAAUGUUGAGUUAUAUACUCUCUCAUAUUCUAGAAAUAAAAAUGAAUUUGAAAGAUUUAUAAAUAUUGAUAGUAACUGUUGUUAUUUAGAAUUAAUAGACAAAUUGCUUUUAGUAUCUUUAUAAGAAAAUUUUAAAUGACAAUCAGUUAGUCAUUACAUUUCUUUUUAAACAGCGUGGAGUUUGCAAACACAAUAUAUGACCCUCUUCAUCUCUGUCUUGAGUGACAUUAUUGUGGACAUUAGUUUUUUGACAGGCAUUCAUACUGGCCCUAUUUAUUUCGAUUUUAUGAUGAUAUUGCUGUUGACAUUAGUUGUAUAUAGAGCCAUUAUGACUCUAUAUAUAUUAGUUUUGUAGGGUCAUUAUUUGAGACAUUACUUGUCCGACAGACCCACUGACUCUUUGCAUAGAUUUUGUAGUGACAUUGUUGUGGCCAUCACACGUCCAAAAGACCCACUUACCGGUACUCUAUAUAUAGAUUUUGGAGUGACAUUGUUUUAGACAUUAGUUGUCCGACAGACCCACAGACUCUUUAUAUAGAUUUCGAAGUGACAUUGUUUUAGACAUUAGUUGUCAGACAGACCAACUGACUCUUUAUAUAGAUCUUGUAGUGACAUUGUUUUAGACAUUAGUUGUCAGACAGACACACCGACUCUGUAUAUAGAUUUUGUAGUGACAAUGUUGUGGACAUAAGUUGUCUGACAGACAUACCUACCACCAAUAUCUCCACUGUGUAGGGACAUUGUUGUAGCAAUACAUUGCUGUCUAACUCAUGUAGUAAGGUAUCACUGCCAGAUACUCAUCUCCAUUUUUGAUUUGAUUGUUUCAUGCAAGUACAGGUUUAGAAGAAUUUGGAUGGUUUCUUUUUUCCACAAGUGAUAUGUUCAAAAUGACAACUAUAAACAUUCCAAUUAUGUAAAAUGGAUUAGUUUGACUGAAAAAAUGCCGGAAUAAUGUUGCUAAGUGGCAUAUUAAGUGAAUACUUAAUAUCAUUUUUGAUCAUGCUAUACAGUUGUUCAUUGAUGGUCAAUUAAUGUUAAUUGACAUGUAUGUGUUACAAAAUAUGUAACACUCAUUCAUAAACAAAUAUUUUUUCAAAAAAAUGAGACAUAUAUAUAUAUAUUUUUAUUAUUUUGGGAUUUUUUAUUGACAGAUAAAACAUAAGGUAACCACAUAAACAAUAAACUACUGUGCAUAUACAGUGACCCAUUUUUCAUUGUUGUUGCAUUUCUUUAACAUUUCACUGUGCAUUGGUUGGAAUAUCAGCUUGAAUAUCAGCUUCUGUUAAAACUAAUACAAUUACAUUAUAAAAAUUUGUAUAUUUCUGUGAUUAUUGUUAUUUAUUAUUGCUUUGCAAUAAAGGUUUUUUUUUUAGUUUGCUAUUUUGUGGAUAGUGAUAGCCUUAUUUUGCCAAAGACUGAAUGUGAUAGAUAUUAUAUUUAUGAGAAUAAAUCAUGAAAUAU